CUUUCACCCUCACAUCUUGAGGAAAUGGAAUUUGCUCGUUCUCUAAGACAGAGCAAAGUGAGUGUUAAGAUCUGUCAGAAAAUUACAUAAAAAUAUUCUUGCUUCAUUUCAUCAAGAAGCUACCAAAUCAGGAAGCUGAGAUGCCCAAAGAGAGGGGGGUGGGGUGGGGGAUGAAAGUGAGCAAGAGAUAUAUGCGUAUUGAAGACACAACUCAGACUUGAAGAGAAGCAGAAAAGCAUAUUCUUCUGCUAACUUGGUGAAAAGUUUUGUCCUAAAAUCCACUGUGGUUGAUGAAAAUAUGGAAAACAGGGGAAAAUUUUGUUCUUGCUGUUCAUUCUACGGAAUUGGAUCCCUUCUCUUUGGUGAUGAAAUUUUAUUCAACUGGAGGUUUAAAUAGCAUCUGUGGUUUAUCACUAUUGGAACAACUACUCUUAUGAUCUUCUGAUACAAUACUUACACAAAACUCAAUCAAUUACAAUGCUUGGGAUCGUCAAUGAGCGUAUUAACUUCCAGGUUUCACCUGGACAACCAAGCUCAAUUUCUGAUGAUGCUGACGUUUUCACACUUGUCGGGAGUGGUCAUGAUGCUGCUGAUCUUGUUAAUCAGAAAGAAAUACAUUGGGGGUUGCUUGAAGAUUCCUUGGAAGAAAGGUUGGAGAAGGCAGGGGAUCGGAUUACAGAUUCAGACAAAGCUGAUGGAGAAGUGAAAGAUGGGGACUUGGAAGAAAAUAAGAUUCAGCCUUUCAAGUUCACUUGCAUCUUUAGACUAUUCUUCGUUCAUGUUCAGAAAAGAUCAGCUGAUGGCGGAAAAGGAGGCUCCAUGCAGAAAAAGUUGAAAAAGGACAAGGUUGUUGCUACAACAGGAAAAGCUUCUCGAUCAGAGAGCAGCACUACAUCUGGAGCACCACGUGUAAAACCAGAGCUAACCUUGCCAAUAAUACCUACAGAGGUGGAACAUUCUAUUCUCGAGGACCUGAGGAAUCGGGUGCAGUUGAGUAGUAUGACAUUGCCUUCUAUUAGCUUCUACACCUUUAUCAAUACACAUAAUGGGUUAAACUGUGCAUCGAUAUCUCAUGAUGGAUCACUUGUUGCUGGCGGAUUUUCUGACUCAUCACUAAAGGUUUGGGACAUGGCAAAGCUUGGGCAGCAAACUGGCAAUAUAUCAGCUCCUUCGCAGGGAGAAAAUGAGUUGGCUCCUAAUGAAAAUAUACUUAAUGCAAAUGCGAAGGGAAGAUCUUAUACAUUAUUUCGGGGUCACUCUGGACCUGUUUAUUCUACCACUUUUAGUCCAUAUGGAGAUUUUCUUCUGUCUUCUUCAUCUGAUUCAACAAUUCGAUUAUGGAGCACAAAACUGAAUGCAAAUCUUGUUUGCUACAAGGGUCAUAACUACCCCGUGUGGGAUGUUCAGUUUAGUCCAGUGGGACACUAUUUUGCAAGUGCUUCACAUGAUCGAACUGCAAGGAUCUGGUCUAUGGACAGAAUACAGCCUUUAAGAAUAAUGGCAGGUCACUUGUCUGAUGUAGAUUGUGUGCAAUGGCAUGCAAACUGCAACUACGUUGCGACUGGAUCCAGUGACAGGACCGUGCGCUUGUGGGACGUUCAAAGUGGGGAAUGCGUUAGAAUUUUCAUUGGUCAUCGAAGUAUGAUCCUAUGCUUGGCAAUGUCACCAGAUGGUCGUUACAUGGCAUCUGGUGAUGAAGAUGGUAAGAUCAUGAUGUGGGAUCUUGCAAGCGGAUGUUGUGUUUCCCCAUUGGUUGGUCAUUCCUCCUGCGUAUGGUCUCUUUCUUUCAGCUGUGAAGGUUCACUUCUUGCAUCUGGUUCUGCUGAUAGCACUGUGAAAAUAUGGGAUGUGACCAAGAGCUUGAAGGUGUCAAAAACUGAGGAAAACAAAAAUGGAAAAACGAACAGACUCAGAUCGUUGAAGACCUUGCCCACCAAAUCCACUCCAGUCUAUGCUUUGCAGUUCUCACGAAGGAAUCUUCUAUUCGCGGCUGGGGCUCUAACAAAAAUUGCGUGAAAAAAUAUCUCGAUGAUAUGCUGUGGACUUCAGAGAUUUUGUUCCAUUGGGCAGAGAAUCUUGUAGAAUGCACUGCCAGUCUUGCCUCCUGUUGCAUUUUAUUUUUCUAGUUGAAUUGUUUCUUUUUCUUCUGGAUUUUUGUUGGGAAGUUUUGAAUAGUACUUUAAUUCUAGAGCA